AUGAUAGGAAGAUUAGUGCCAAAAGGCAUCGAUAAUGGUGAUAGUCUUGGAGACCUUGAGGGUAAUGUAGGUGAGACCAAAGGUAGUGGUGAUGGUGCUGAUGAUGCUGAAGGCAAUGUAGCUCCUGGGGAAGGUGCUGAUGCAAUGACAGGUGAUGGACUAGGGUUGGGUGCAUCAAGCGGGGAUGGGGCAGAAGUGGUCUGUAGGUGCAAUAUUGUUUGUAUGGGCAUGUAUAUUCUCGGCACUGCGGUGAAGAAGGUAUAG